GGACAAUCACCCCGAAGGCUUCAGAGACCAAACAAACUAAGAACCGUUGGAUCCACAAUGCUCGAAUACCAAACGUCAGAUCAUCUUCCAAAAAGAAAAUAGAAGAGGCAAAUAAAACAAGAGAGCGGGGGUUCUGAAAAUUUCAAAUCCACAUCGCCAGCCCGCUCUCCCCCUCUCACAUGUUUUCACUCCCCGCCCAGAGAAACCAAAGGAGAUAGAUCGGAGUCGGAAAGGAAGUCAAACCGAAGUGAGGAUUCCGGCGGAGAGGCAGAUAGAGGAGAGUGCUAACUGAGAGUGUUCCUGCGGAGAGUCUACAAGUAGCGAAGAUUGCGUCGCCAGCUCCGUCUCCAUCCCGUGCCGGUGGAUCCAGCAGCAGAGCAGGAACUCGUCCGCCUUUCCUCUCUUCAUUGGGGAAAACUGACGGAAGAAUGUCCGGCCGCCAGGAGAAAGAGAAGGGCGUUAACGUUCAGGUCCUGCUUCGUUGCAGGCCGUUUAGUGACGAUGAGCUGAGGAGCAAUGCGCCACAAGUGGUGACUUGCAAUGAUUACCAGAGAGAAGUGGCGGUUUCGCAGAACAUCGCCGGGAAGCAUAUCGACCGAGUUUUCACUUUCGACAAGGUCUUUGGUCCUUCAGCUCAGCAAAGAGAUCUCUAUGACCAGGCAGUAGUACCGAUUGUAAACGAAGUUCUGGAAGGUUUUAACUGUACCAUUUUUGCAUAUGGUCAAACUGGUACAGGUAAGACUUACACCAUGGAGGGUGAAUGCAAAAGGGCAAAGAGUGGGCUUAAUGGAGAACUUCCCCAAGAAGCAGGGGUUAUUCCUAGAGCCGUGAAGCAAAUUUUUGAUACACUUGAAGGGCAGAAUGCUGAAUACAGUGUGAAAGUUACUUUCUUGGAGCUUUACAACGAGGAAAUCACUGAUUUGCUUGCCCCAGAAGAAAUUUCUAAGGUAGCUUUUGAAGAGAAGCAAAAGAAGCCCUUGCCACUUAUGGAGGAUGGGAAAGGUGGAGUUCUUGUUAGAGGUCUGGAAGAAGAAAUAGUGACAAGUGCAAGUGAGAUAUUCACUCUUCUGGAAAGAGGUUCCUCAAAACGCAGAACUGCUGAGACUCUGCUGAACAAGCAAUCAAGUCGUUCGCAUUCUCUCUUUUCGAUAACAAUCCACAUCAAAGAACCGACACCGGAGGGUGAGGAACUAAUCAAAUGUGGGAAAUUGAAUUUGGUGGAUCUGGCUGGCUCAGAAAAUAUUUCUCGGUCUGGUGCCAGAGAGGGCCGUGCCAGGGAAGCUGGUGAAAUCAACAAAAGUUUGCUUACACUGGGUCGAGUCAUCAGUGCUCUUGUGGAGCAUCUGGGCCAUAUUCCAUAUAGGGACAGCAAGCUCACAAGAUUGCUUCGUGAUUCGCUCGGGGGAAGAACAAAAACCUGCAUUAUAGCUACUGUUUCCCCUGCUGUUCACUGUUUGGAAGAGACAUUGAGUACACUGGAUUAUGCACACCGGGCCAAGCAUAUCAAGAAUAAGCCUGAGGUGAACCAAAAAAUGAUGAAAUCAACCCUUCUCAAGGAUCUUCAAGGUGAAAUUGAUAGACUGAAGGCAGAGGUUUAUGCUGCCCGUGAAAAGAAUGGUGUGUACAUCCCCAAGGAACGAUACUAUCAAGAGGAGUCAGAAAGGAAGGAAAUGGCUGAUCAGAUUGAACAAAUGGGGCUCACUAUAGAAACUCAUGAAAAGCAACUUGAGGAAUUGCAAGAGAAGUAUGAUGUACAAGUUCGGCAUUGUUCUGAUCUAAGUACCAAACUUGCUCACACAGAGAGAAACUUGCUGGAAACAAGCAGAUUGCUUGCUAAUACUGAGGAAGAACUGAAGAAGUGCCGUUACACACUGAACGAAAGGGAUUUUGUCAUUUCUGAACAAAGAAAAGCUGAAAAUGCUUUGACCCAGCAAGCAUGUGCUUUGCGGUCUGACUUAGAGAAAGCUCUGAAAGACAAUGCUUCAUUGUUUGACAAGAUUGGUAGGGAAGACCAACUGCAUUCAGAGAAUAGAUCAGUAGUCAACAGUUUCCAGUCCGAGCUCUCUCAGCAGAUUGGUUGUCUUCGUAGCAUAGUUGCUAACUCUAUGUCGCAGCAGGAUGAGCAUCUGCAGUGUGUUGACAAACUCUGUCAUUCUUUUAUGCAGACCCAUGACAAGGCGGUCAAGAAGAUGAAGAAGAAAUUGACAAACACGAGGACAGUAUACGCGUCCCACAUUGAAGCGUUGCAAAAUGUGGUUCGUCUGCACAAGUCAAAUUCUAUUGCUAGCCUGGAUGAGAUGUCAACUUUGGCUUCCUCCAAUGCACAGUCUAUUGAAGAUUAUCUAGCUUCAGAGGGUGUCCAAGCAGCUGCAGUAUUUGAUGACCUCCGGAACGCUCUCUCAGCUCACCAGGGUGAAAUGGCCAUUUUCGCAAGGGAGCUACGCCAGAGGUUCAACUCAAGUAGUGAGCAAACAAAGCAGAUUUCAGAUUACACUGAUCGAUUUCUUUGCAAACUGAUGGACCAAUCCCAAACUAUCCAAAAUCAUGUGACGGGAGUUGACAACAUCCAAAUGAACAGCAUUGCUGAUUUCCAGAAAGCUUAUGAGGAACAAUGUAAAUCUGACGCGGAUAAGCUUGUUGCCGAUAUCAGCAAUCUUCUUUCUAAUCACAUUCUCCGUCAAAAGGAGCUGGUGAAUACAAGGCUUGAUGUUCUCAGAGAAGCUGCCGUUGAAAACCGGGCAUUUAUGGAUGGCCAAGUCUCCUCAUUGGAGAAUAUUACCACUGAAGCGAAACGAAAAUGGAAAGAGUUUUGCGUCCAAGCUGGAAGUGAAGCCAAGGAUGGUGCAGAUUAUUCUGCUGCAAAACAUUGUCGCAUGGAGAUACUCCUCCAACAAAGCGUGACCAAUGCCGAAUCAGCUUUCCAGCACUGCAAAAAGACUCGCGACUCUGUGAACGAAAUGUGCACCGAGCAUGUCUCGUCUUUGUCUACCCUCGUCAGAGAUGCAACUGAAAACAUCGAGCAACAUGAUGCUGAGAUUGAUUCAGCAAGGACAGCAGCCGAGCAAGAUGUAGCAACGAAUAGCCAAGACAUUCUUCAGCACAUUGAUGGUAUGUCAGUACAAGAACGUGAAUCAGUUUCGGGCAUAAUGACAACUGUCGAAGAACACACGAAAACACUGCAGACUUUCCGGGAAGAUCACUUUGGUCAAGCUGCGGUCAUGGAGAACAAAUCACAAGAAACCUUCCAGCAACGCUUUAUGGAUUAUGAUCCAACGGGGACGACUCCGAUGAGGACGGAGCCGGAGGUUCCGAGCAAAGGGACAAUCGAAUCGCUAAGAGCAAUGCCGAUGGAAGCAUUGGUGGAGGAAUUCCGAGAGAACAACUCAUACGACUCGUUUGAGGUGAAGGAACUCAAACCUUCUCUUAUCCCACGCCCGCCCCUGGCCCAACUCAAUUAGCGGGGAAAAGAAACAACUACAUUCUGCCGCUCAUCUUUGUUCUUAAUAUACACCUUCCCGUUUGAUGGUUAAGUUUGCAGCUUUUUGCUUGUACCAUUGUUACGCACUCUCUGUCGUAGUCAGUCAGCUAGCUGUUAAGUUUCUGUUUUGUGGGUGUAUUGGCUGUAAUGAAUGAAUACAUCCCUUCUCGGGAUUUAAGUCACUUUUCCUGUCUUAGUGUAAGAAUAUGUGUAAAGAGGCUAAAAAUCUGGAGACGACGGACGGCCUCUGCUAUACUAUUAUGUUUAUGUAUAGCAUCGUUUUUGCUCGGAAAGAUAGGCAGGAAAUGUUGUUUAUUUGUUUUUAUUUUCAGUGUGAACUACGGGAAGGUUGUGACUUGUGAGUUUCUGGGACUUGGAUUAGGUCAAGUGAUAAUACAUAGGAGUAAACAGGUGAUGGAGCAAAUAGUUUUUUUUUAUUAUAAUAAAGUUCAUCUUUUAUUCCACUUCCAACUCGAAAAAAACGAGAUUACACUUUAUCAAAGGAAAUCCGAAAUUAGGUCAAGAAUACUAAUCCAGUUAACAGGGAGAGUAGCUCUAGCAAGAGAUCGUGCAACCCAAUUAACUCUAACAUUGACAGCACGUGCUACUGCUUUGACCUUCACUUGCAGGUUCGAUCUUAAGAUUGAGACCAUAGAUCCAAUCCAGGUUGCACCUCGCCAAGGCCAAUUUCUUGGCUCAUCCGAGAGCGCUUUGACAACCAGCUGGCAAUCAGACUGGACAACACAUUCCGUGCCAUAUUCUUGGGCUAAUUUGAGACCUUCCAAAAGAGCUUUUGCUUCGGCUUAGAGUGGGGUGGAACAAAGGAGAGUGUCAGCUCACCCAUCACACACUUGUCCAUGGUGGUUAGUGACCACGACACCAUAUGCCGCCGGCUGGGAGUCGUUUAAGAACGAUCCAUCACAGUGAAUCACAAAAUUGUAAUUGCUUGGUGGUGGAGAAUUGAGUGAUUGGGCUCCCCUGAGCUGAGUAGAAGGAGAGUCAUUGGGGGGACUCCUCGGGCAAUUAGCCCAUUCCGUGAAUUCCUUGUAAGUUCUCAAAAUAACGUUCGGAUGCCAAGGGAUCCGAUUCUUGAACACACAUUCAUUUCUAGUCGUCCAGAUAUUCCAACAAAGGAAAAUAACAUGAGUGAGUGCUCCUCGUUGGAUAGAAUCCUUGAGAAGGUACAGCCAGUCGAAGAAAGCAGUAUACUGAGCUGGCAACGGGAGGUUGGGGAAGAUAACUUCCCAUGAUGGAGCAAAUAGUUGAAGGGGAGAAAAUGGACUCUUUCCAGGUCCUGAAUAGACUUCUAAGCAUGCUACAACAACUUGACCGUGGAGCUGGGCAAGUACGGCAUCAGGGUCAACACCAUUUCUCCCUAUGCAGUGGCCACUCCCAUGGUCACACAAGCGGCAUGCAAAUGGGCAAGAAUGUGUUAAACAAUCAAAUUUGCAUAUAGAAAAGUAGAGACAAAGCAUGAGAUUUAGUAUGGUUCGACAAGAGAGGCUUUAAUUCACUCUCUACGAUAGUUAACGUUGCUAGUGUUUCUUAUUAUUCAAAUUGCCAUAAACCCUAAAUCAGGGAUAUAUAGCUAACAUUAUCAUGCACAACCCCUAACCACUUAUGUGUGUACACCAUCAUUCCUCCAGCCCCCAUAUUCCGCCAAAUGUCAAUUCAAUCCCUCAUCAUAACUAUAUUUACAAAAUACAUUUCACUACCCCUCAAACUGAUGGUGAUUGAUGCAACAUCAGUUUGUGUGAAAGAAACUAAUGCCGACUAGUAGAAACAACUUUGGUAAGGAGAUUUGCAGGUUGCUCGUCUGUUGUCAAGUAGUGUAGCUGAAAAGAAAAAUAACUAUAUUGCUCUAUUUUUUUCAAGAGUCUGAGCUCCACCUGAAGGAACUCAACUUGGAGUUAGAUUGGAAUAAGAUAAAAACCUGGACACUAAGUCUCAAAGGGUAAGCCACCUUUGAGCCGAGAAAUAAACCCAUAAGACCGAGCUCGAUUAACAAAACAUCAUGUGCACGUGUGUCUCUCCCUGCUCUUUUUUACUAUGUGUAUACAUUUAAAUAGAAACCUUACCUUGAAGGUUAAAGACGACUCGAUAAGGGCUAAAGCCCAUCUCGUGAUAUAUUAGGGCUCUAUUGAUGAGUCAAGCACAACAUUCUAGUCCAUACGACCAGUUUGUUAUUACUCGUGUUUAUUUAUAAUAUUAUUUUAUAAGAUUAUUUGUUUGUAAAUUGUAUUUUGCAGAAGCAACACUAGAAGCACUUUUUCUUUUUUGAUAAUCAGACCUAAAGUUUAUUAAUGCCUUAUGGGCUCAUAAUCCAAAAUUAGUAACAGAAAAACUGGCGGUCGAGAUACCCAACAUUCCUAGGUGUCCCAAUUACAUUUUGUGUGGGCCAUGAGAUGGGCCGCUCUAUUUCCUUCUCUUUUCACAAAGCUCCACUGGGUCGUUGGGGUAAGCAACCGGUUCGGUAAACCCGAACCGAAACCAAAUUAAACCAAACUGAAAUCGAAUUAAUGCUAUUCGGUUCGGAAUUCGAAAGGAAAAUAUGAAUAGUUUGGAGAUUAGGGUUCUUUCAACCGAACCGAAUUUCCGACCGAAAAAUCAAAAUACUAUAAUUGCAAGCUCCAAAUGGUGGAUUUUUAUGUUUGUAGUUGUUUUUAGAUUUAAAUAUUUGAAAAGUUUAUGACUUAUGUGUUGAAAAGUUUGAUUUAUCAUUGAUGAUGCAUAUAAUUGCUAUAAUUUAAAAAGACUUAAAUGGCUAUGUGGCUCCUGAACUAUACUAUGUUUCCUAUUGAGGCCCCUGAACUAUUAAUGUUCCUAUGGUAGUCCCUAGUUUAUUUAACUUUUCCUAAAGAAGCCCCUUCCGUUACUCUGCUGUUAAAAUUUCAUUAAAAUGGGUCCUACGUUGCUAAUUAGGCGCUGAUUGAGCGUCCAUUCAACAUAAAUUUACCCUAAGUGACCAAAUUACCCAAACCUAAUUUAACCUACGAUUUCCCCUUCUUAUGCUUUCUAAUUAUUGAACAUAUAGUUAUUACGUUCAUUCCAAAUAGUCCAGAGAAUCAUACCUAGUUGACUUAGAGUGUCAUCAUGCACCCUUUCCAUUACCUCGCAGAACCAGCUGCCAGUAGAUAGAUGGGGUUCUAGCUCAAAUUGAGGUCCGAAGCUUGUAGGUCGCCAUAUCCUGGAAGCCAACUGACACUCUUUGAAGUGUGGUUCUGGGUAUCCUCCAAUUUGCAAAAUGGGCACUCUGUAGGGGCGUCCUUCUUUAGCUUUUCUAUGUUCUUCCCCGUAGACAAGAUGUUGUGUAUUAGCCUCCAUAAGAAUAUCUUAAUCUUGGGUGGGAUCACCAGCUUCCAAAGCCGCUUCCAAUUCAUAGGGUAAUAGACCUAAGUUUCUGCACUCAAAGUUUCCAUCUCAUCAUAUGCAUUUGGUUAUUCUUCCUCAAUGAUUAGGGGGUUGUUGUUUAGCUCUUUGUAAAACAGCUUGUAGACUCUUUUAACAGAAUAUAGUCCAGUCUUUUCGAGGGCCCAUACCUUUGUAUCUGGUAUUGAAUGGCGUGGGAUUGGAAUUCCCUCAAUCCAGGCUUUGUCGAUUUGGUUGAAGUAGUGUUGUAGAAGAGGCUUCUUCUAUUGUUUGAGGUUGUGAUCGAUAAGAUCAAUUACUCUCCCCAGAUUAUCCUCUGUUGGUCUAGGAGUAGUAAUUUUAAAGCCUGCAUCUUUAACUCCUGCCACCCAUCUAUCCUCCCAAAUGUCCACUUGUGUCCCAUCCCCGAUUCUCCAUCUGAUUCCUUUUUGAAUAAGGUUUUGAGCUGCCAUGAUACAUCUCCAAGUGUAACUAGGGUUUGUUCCCACCUGUGCCUGUGGUACAUCGCAAUUUGGAUAGUAUUUUGCUUUUAGAACCCUUGGUGCCAAAGAAUAUGGAUUGAGAAUUAACUUCCAGAUUUGCUUCCCUAACAAUGCAAGGUUGAAAGCUCUCAGAUUUUUGAAUCCCAUACCCCCUUCUACUUUUGGUUUGCAGACCUCCUUCCAUGCUUUCCCAGGCAUUCUUUUUUACUCUUUUUGUUGGCCCCACCAGAAGCUUGAGAUGGAUUUUCUAAUUUCAUCGAGAACACUCUUUGGGAUUAGGAACAUAGACAUAGAGUAGGUAGUUUUGCUUUGGGAAAGCUUUGAUAAGGACUUCUUUAGCAGCAAUGGAUAGAGAAUGGCUCUUCCAAAGUUUGACCUUUUUUAUGACUCUAUCCACUAGUGCCCUAAAAGUAGUCUUCUUCUACCUUCUAAUUUUAGUGAGGAGACCUAGGUAUUUUGCAUGCUCUGAUACCUGCUUCAUCUCCAAAAUUGACACCAACUAGUUUCUCCGUUAUGCUGUUACACUCAGACUAAAGCUUAUUUAUGAUUUUUGCAGAUUGACCAUCUGCCCUGAUUCCGGCUCAUAGGUCUUCAAAAUUUCUAUCAAGACAUCACAUUCCUGGGGUGUAGCUCGCGUAAAGAAGAUGAUGUCGUCUGCAAACAAGAGGUGAUAGACUGAUGGUCCUCGAACUGAAGCUUUUAGACCAUGUAUCCUACCAUCCCUUGCUGCUUUAGUCAUUAGUGUUGCAAGUCCCUCUACAUAGAAUAGGAAUAAGUAAGGAGAUAUAAGAUCCCCUUGUCUUAGUCCACGUUCUGGUUUGAAAGUUUCAGUCUGGUGUCCAUUAACUAGUACUUAGUAGGUAACAGUCGAAACACAAUUCAUUACUAGCUUGACCCAUUGUUCUGCAAGACCUAGCUUGAGCAUGAUUGCCUCAAGAAGUCUACUCUACUCUGUCGUAGGCUUUAGAAAUGUCUAAUUUAGCUUCCAUUAGACCCUUCUUGACCUUAGUUUUCUGCUUCAUAGUAUGGAAUCGCUCGAAAGUCACUUAUACAUUGUCUGUGAUGUAUCUCCCUAGGACAAAGGCACUCUGGGGUUCAUCGAUAAUUCGAUUCAGCAGUCCCUUUAGUUUGUUUGCUAUUACUUUCGAGAUGAUCUUGUAGAUCACCUUGCAGAGGCUUAUAGGUCUAAAGUCUAGGGGGUUUCUGGUUGUUUCUUCUUUGGUAUCAAAGUUAUUAGUGUAUGGUUGAGCUGUUGUGGGAAUUCUCCACACUCCAAAUAACUCUUGAUUUCCUCCUUUAUUAAUGGUCCGACAACAUCCCAAUUUCUUUGAAAAAUCUGGCUUACAUGCCAUCCGCCCCAGGAGCCUUGUUUGGUCCCAUUUGUUUCAGGGCUAACCAAAUUUCUUUAUCUGGGUAGGGUCUUAGAAGUUCCUGAUUCAUUUCUGACGUUACUUUGGGAGUAACUGCUGAAAGAAUCCCGCUCUGUUCUGGUCGAGGCCCUGCUUUGAAUAAAGUCUGUAAGUACUGUCUCAAAUAGUUACUAACCUCUUGUUGCCCCAUGAAAACCUGGCCAAUCUCAUUCCGUAGUUUCCUUAUGGUAUUCUUUCGUCUUCUUUCUGAAGCUUUUCGAUGAAAAUAUCCCGUAUUGCAGUCACCUUUUUUGAGCCAAUCAGCUCGCGAUUGUUGCUUCCACUUCAUCUUCUCUUGGAGGAUAAUAUCAUUCAGCUCCUGCUCAAUUACUCUUCUCUGGAUCUGAACGACUUUUGUCCUUUUUCUCUUCUCUAAGACUCGAUGAGCCUUCUCUACCCGUUUACUUCUUUCUUUCAGAGAACCAAAAGCAGUUUGGCUCCAACUUUUGAGUCUAUUCUCCCAUUUUUUGAUUCUAUCAAUUAUCCCCAGACUUGGGUGAGCUAGCCACUCUUCUUUAAUUACUACCCCACAAUCUUCGUGUCUUUCCCAGUAUGGUUCGUAUAUGAAGUUCCAUACCCACGUAAUCUCUUCCUCUUCCAAGUUUAGUUUUACCUUGAUGGGAAUGUGGCCAGAACCACACCUCUCCAAGUGAUUGACUCGCAUUAGAGGGAAGAAAUCCAACCAUUGUUUAUUACCGACUGCUCUAUCAAGUCGUUCCUCGGUGUAGUCUUCUCCUGAUUUGUUAUUCUCCAAGGGAAGGGUCUCCCAUAGAAACCACAAUCCUCUAGAUCGCAGGAUUCCAAUGUUUGUCGAAACAUUUUCAUUUCCUUUAUAUCAGGCCAUCUAGUGCCACUUUUUUCAAGAUAGUCCGUUUUUGAGGUUGAAGUCACCCAUAACUAGCCAUGGCAUCUGGACCUUUCGGUGUAAAUCAGCCAGUAAUUCACCCAUUUUUUUAUGCUUGUUAUGUUUUUCUGGCCAUCACAAAAUUCCCCGUUAGUCUCCACUCGCUGUCAAGGGAUGACAUUCUUGCCUUUGCAUCAAUGAAAUGGGUAUCCGCAUUCUUGAUUUCAAUCUGGACGUCUUGCUUCCACAUCAUGAGAAGACCCCCUGCUCUAUUGAUCCCUGCAUCUAUCCCUUUGCCAUCGAAAUAGCAAAAUUCUUUGAUUUUUUGUUUGCACUCCUUCUCAUACUGUCGUGUUUCCAUAAGGAACACAACGCCAUUAUUUACUUGGGAAGAAGAUUCUUCACCUUUUCAACUGUCGGGGUAUUCCCGAGCCCCUGAUAGUUGUAACUUAAUAAACUCAUUGGGCUGGGCAACCUUGCUUCUUUGCAGGGUCUGCCUCACCGCCAACCAAUUUCUUUGAUUGUUGUACUUAUUCAGUUACUCGAGAAUCUAGGAAGAAAAGAGUCUUAGCUCUCUUUAGAGUCUUGUCCUCUUUGUCUCCCUCUAGUGUAGUCCCACUUGGUAAUUCUAUAUUCCGUUUCUGAGGUGUGAGGUGUGAGGUGUAAGUGGGGAGUUCCUCUUACUCGUUCUUUCUCCUGUCUUUUCCAAACUUUCCCUGUCUUUCUCCUUUGGUUUUGCUCAUUGUCUUUGCUUGCAGUAAACAUCUUCACAACUCCUGCCUUUCUUGUAAUACUCUUACGAUUAUUGCCAUCCUAAAAAGUUUCGUUGUCAACCCCUUGUUGUUGUGUGACAUCAUUUUUAAGAGUCUCAUGUUCUUGUUGGGGUUGGGGCACUGUAUCCUUGCAUAUAUUCAUAGGUACAGGUUGUGCAUCUUUCACCUUUUAUUCGAUUCACCAUCAGUCUGUUUAUCAUCCUUAGCUAGCUCGACAUCCUUAACUGAGUCUGAACUAGGGAUGGCAAAAAUAUCCGUAACCGUGGAUAUCCACCCGAAUCCGGCCUAAUCGGGUAGGAUAAAACCCGAACCCGAAAGACAUUUAGUGGGUACGGGUAAAACCCGAACCCGAAUAUUGUGGGUAAUGGGUGGGCAUGGAUUUCUCACUAUCCAACCCGAACCCGCCCGAUUAUACAAAUGCAUAUGUAUUUUCUCUAGAUAUAAUCAUUAUUUUUCUCUAACUUAUUUUAUAUUUAGCAUAUAAGUAUAAUAUUUUCAUGAAAUUGUGUUGUUUUAAUUAAUUUUCUUCAUUCUAGUGAAUUCUUGUCGUACUUUUCCUCUUACGUAAUGUGAGAAUUCGUGUGAAUGUUAACAUAUUGGUUGAAGUUAUGAAGAGAAAUGAUUACCCAUGGAUAACCGUGGAUACCCGAAACCCGAACGGGUAUGGGCAUGGUUUUGAUUUUCUACCAAUUUCACAUGUGAGUAUGGGUAUGGGUAAAACCCGAACUACUUUGGGUAGGGUAACGGAUAUGCACUAUCCGCCCCCGACCCGACCCAUUGCCAUCCCUAGUCUGAACCAGAGCUUUCCAUGUCGAAUUUCCUUCUAAGUUGUCACCAAAUGUCUGCUUCCUCCUUCUUUGCUUUGUGUGACAACCAAUUCCUCGGGGCCGGGGGUGCAGUUCUCAUGUUGAAGCUGUAUGGGUCAACAGGCAGUUGUGAAGGUUGGGGACAUUUAACCCACAUGCCCUAUCCUACCAUAGGAAUGGCAGAACAUAGAGAGUUUCUCGUAUUUAAUUAGAAAUUCUUUUAGUUCUCCAUCAACACUGAGUUUGAUUUUUUUUCCUGAGUGGAUUAUUGAUGGAGAUGCUAACUCUGAGAAGUAAAAAGUCAUCCCACAUUUUAUCUGAGCUAUCAUCAAAGAACACAAACUCUCUAACCCUGUUUCCAAUUUUUUCUCCCAUAGAUUGUGUUCUAAGCUCCGCCGGAAAGUCUUUAACUUGUAUCCAUAUCUCCAUUUUAUGCAGGUCUGCUGGAGUUGGUUUCUUAAUCCACCAGCUAGCCAUAAAUAACAUAACGCUAUGCUCAUAGUGCCAAGGUUCGCCAUAGCACACCUUAUUUCGAUCAUCCAUCUCUAGGAAUUGAAAAGCAAAGAGGUUAUGACCUAAAUCUGUUAUGUGGUACCCUUUCUUCAAUCCCCACGCCUUUGUUAGCUCGAUUUUCAUUGAUUGAAUAUUUGGUUCUUUGUCUGAUACCAGUCUUCCAACUAGUCCCAAGUGGCGGAUCGCCUCCAUUCUGACCACAUCAACAUCUUCAUAUUCAGCCUCUAAUGGUUCCUCAUCGUCCUCUAGAAGGGUAAUCUGGUUGUGUCGCUCUUCAAGUCCGCCAGUGGGAUUGAACUCUUCAUUGGCAGCCUUCUUAAGGGCUGCUUCUUCAUCUUUAUUGUUUGUGGAUGCCAUUGCGGAUCUACCUUGUAUAGAAUCCACGCUGUAUACCUUGGAUUAUACGCUACAGAAAACUUGUCUUCACAAAGUAGGGUUUGUGAUGGAAAUACGUCGCCAAGUCUUCUCUACAAGCAGUGAUAGCACUUGUUAGGAAGCCCCUGAUGUAUUUCUUAUAGCUGUAUUUCGUGUGGUGUUUUCUAGAUCCGAUUUGCGUCGCCGAGUUGUAAUAGGAAAACCUAUGGUUUCCGCCGCCAAGUCACACUCUCUCUAGACGAGAGAAAAGCCCGUAAAGCAAGGGUUUCCUCAAUUAGAGCCUAAUCCAGAAACUCUAUUAGAAGCACUUCAAUCCCACUUGGUUAUUCGAAACACUAUAUGAAAUCAGAGUUGCGUGAAAUGAGGAUGAUUCACUUGAAACCACUACAAGAAAACUAAAAGUAUUAACUCUAGCCCUAAAUAAUAUCGAGACAAAUCUACACAUAUUAUAAUACACCGAAGGAAAAAACGGGAGCCCCAUUUCAAAUUUCUUGCAACGAGAGUGAAAGUAGAUGGACAUUUUGCUCUUCGCAAUUACUUUUUUUAUUCAUUAAAAAGACACAUACUAGACAAAUCUAUCUCUACACAUAUUAUAAUACACCGAAGGGAAAAACGAGAGCCCCAUUUCAAAUUUCUUGCAACGAGAGUGAAAGUAGGAAGGACAUUUUGGUCUUCACACAUUAAAAAGACACAAACUGGGAUUCGAACCAUGACCAUUUUAAAGAAGAACAAGGAUCAUAACCAAUCACACUAAGUACAUUUGUUGUAUCUUUUUAAAUUAAAAACAUAUAAUAGCAGGGAGGAAAAACUCUUCCCCCAUUUCAAAUUCCCUGCUCCAGGAGUGUUUGUAGAAAUGGUAGAAUAAAGAGUGUCAAUUUUUUUCUCUUUCCUCUGUGAAACGGGCCAACUUACCGUACACAUGCAGAUUUAAACAGGUCCAGGAGUGUCAAAUUUUUUCUUUAAUCUCUUUUAUUUCUCCGUGGUAAUAAAAUAUAUAUGAAAAGACAAAAAAAAAUACUCCUUUUUAUUUCUAAAAAUAAAAAAUUUAACAAUAAACUAAUGCAUGGUAUCUAAUGGGCUAACCGCUAAUCAUAAAAUAAAAGAGUUGAAUGGGCCUGACCUACACGGGAUUUGGCCAUCAAGUAAAACAAAUUAACAUCAUUGGUUUGUCAUUCUAAAAACGUUUGUAAUAAGUGUAGAAUAGGGAGUGUCAAUUUUUUUCUCUUUCCUUUGUGGAACGGGCCAACUUACUGUACACAUGCAUAUUUAAAUGGGUCUAGGAGUGUCAAUUUUUUUCUUUAAUCUCUUUUAUUUCUCCGUGGUGAUAAAAUAUAUAUGAAAAGGAAAAAAAUACUCUUUUUUAUUGCUAACAAUAAACUAAUGCAUGGUAUCUAAUGGCUAAUCGCUAACCAUAUUGUUUUACAAGGUAACAGGUACUUGAUUUUGAUUGAUAAGACCGAUUUUUGAUUUGUUGCAUCAUUCAUGUCUCUUUCCUGCUAAAAUUCAUUAUUUUUAUCACGUGUUUCCCAUCGCUAGUUACUUAUAGAAAGCAACUACCACAAAUUAAUUAAUUACAAAAAAAAUUAAAGCGCAGUGCAUGACAUGAUUCGUUUGAAAAUGGAAUUGGAAGGGUUGUGGAGCAAAUGAAUUAACAAAAAAUAAUGAGAAAUAAUUAUAAUUAAGGAUAUAAGUCUAUUUAUUCACCCGAUAAAAAGAUUGGGCCUUUUCUAUUCAACUUCAGUAGGGCUCAUUGUAAAAAAAAAAAAAAACUUCAAUAGGGUUUCUCUCAUUAUCCCUCUGCCGACUCUAGAAUAACGCCGUCGCUCCACAGAUGAACUCAAUGUUGUUGUUUGCUUGUGGCUAUUGGUUCUCCCUUUCAGCAGGCUAGCAAUUGUGGACUAGGGAUAAGAGUUAGCGGCCAAUCUGCUGGCUUCGGAUACCAAGGUUUCCUAGCCGAAGUUGCGACGUUCGAAAGGAUUAGAGAGUCGGCAGCGUGAAGGUUACAUUGUAAACUCUAGUCUUUGCAAUGGCACGAUCUUCUACAGGGUAUGUUGUUCUUCACCCCUUCGUUAAAUAAAACCAGUAAUCUCGUCAUAUGAAUCUGUUAAGUUUCAUCGGUAGAAUAAUAUUGAAUCCAGAACGAUUCACAGAUCCCAAAUCUGUAAGUAUUAUAUUGAAUCUGGAACCACGACUUGUUGUUUCUGUUGUUUCCAAAGAAGGAAGAAUCCCUAACAAAACCACGAGGUAAAGUAGCCACCAUAUAUUCUCUAUUGUUGAACUGUUCCUAUUCUUUUUAUGAAUGAUUUGGAUAAAAAACUACAUUUGUGUGCUAAUGUUUAGGUUCAAAAGAAUUACAAUUAAAUUUCUUGCGGACAAAGAUGAUGCUUGAUAGUAUCAAGUACAUGAAGAGAAGAGUUCUAGCACAUCAGUAAUAGCAAUGGCAAGAGUGGAGAAGCAAGCUACUCACGUGAUCAAGAGGGAGAGAUGAAGAGCUUGAUACUUUCUCAUUGUAUACAUUUUAAUAAUUAAGAAUGAAAUUAUCAUUUAUUC